AUGGCGUUGCGUGCGUUCUGUUCGAAACCGAACACAAUCUCUGUUGUGGGUGGAGCCCACUCACGUCUGAUCAACGAGGGAGGUCGGGUCACACUGACCUGUUGUAUGCCCGGGGUGAGCAACGGACAUGAUCACGAGCAACUGAUUUGGGUUGGACCGAGUGGAGAGGAAUUGGCCAAUCAUUUCUCAACUCCGCACACACGCACUGAGCAUUUCGCCUAUUCGGUGCCGGAUUUCAGGUCACCAAAUCACUUGGUUACCCUGCUUGUGAUUCAAAACUUUCGUAUGGAAGAUGCCGGUGAGUACACCUGUCGUAAAGCCAAUCCAAAACACACAGUGGAACCUGUGAGUGUUAGUGUCAUUCCAAGACCGCGUCUGCUAGCCGAAUUCAUCCCUCUGGCUUCAACCCAUCCCGAGGAUUCCGGAUCGGCCGUAGUGGCUGGACGUCCCGUGUUUGUUGUGCUCGAGGAAGGUCGCAGUGGUCAACUCACCUGUCGCCGAAAUCCGCAGUUUCGACCUGAUCAAGUACAAAUCACGUGGUAUUUUCAAGGUCGCCAGCUAAUUGCACCGUCUAUGGCCAUACCUAGACCAAAACACUUGUUAUCCAUUGGGAAUCAGAAUCCAUCAAGCAGACCGAACGGCAGCCCACUAACUCAAGCCGAAUUGGAAUUAGCUCAGUUGGAGAAGGAAAAACAAUUGCUUGAGGCCAGCCGAAGAGUUGGGGUUGUCGGCGAUCGACCCGUAUCGCUUGAUCCAGCCGAAUUGGGGAUCAGCAUUCUAGACGAUGGACAGGUUUUAAGCAUACGCAAAGCUGAAAGCCGACAUUCUGGAACAUAUCUGUGCAAGGCGGAAGCAUUCAAUCCGGCCUGGACUCCUGACCGCAGUCCAUUCGAUCCACCUUCGUACGAGAGUGGUGCAGUUGAGGCUCCAAUGCUUGUCCAACUUCAAGCUAUCCGAGGUAUUGUGUUCUCGCCACCCCGCAUGUUGCCCGGCAGUCCUUCUGAAGUGAACCCGACCAAGUUACACGAGCCAGGCUACCGUCAAAAGCAAUUCAAACGUGACUCUUGGGCAAAGAGCGGAAUGAUUCCCGGAGAGCGUUAUUACAUGCAACCAUUGAGGAGGACAAAGUACGAUCAAUCUUUUGAGGCCAGUCGGACCUUCUUUAGACAAAUGAAACCGGUUGCUCAAGAAGGUGGUCAAUUAGUAUUGGAGUGUCAGGCUCGAGGGAAACCAACACCUCAGUUGUUGUGGUAUCGCGGAGGGAUGGGAACAAACAUGUUGAUUGAUUCCAAGGCGGUCACUUUCGAUCAGCGUAUCAAGGAAGCGUUGCAACACUUGCCGUUGGCUGAUGUACAGCGUCAACUUGGAAUUCUGAUUGCAGACAGUAAUCGAUUGUAUCCUGCAAUAGCCAAGGCAGAUCCACUUAACGAGCGUGCUCAAAUGGUGAAUGAAAACGGUCAAUUGCCGAUUGAAGGAAUGGUUGGUGAAAUGACCACACACAAACUAGGUCGAUUUGAAAUGUCUGUCGGGACUCGGAGGGAUGAUACCGGCGAUCCGGUUAUCACGGUUUCUAGACUGACAAUCAACCAUUUGCAACCAUCAGAUGCCACUCGGUACACAUGUCUUGCAUUACUUGACUUGGGACAGUACGGUGGAAGUGGAAAUUAUACGGACGUUGGCAGCAUCCUGCCUGAUGUCAUUAUGAAUCCACGAAUUAUCAAAUACGGCACACAACUACAUGCGACCGGUUAUCCUGGCGAGAACGCCACCUUGACAUGUGAAGCGUACGGUGGUUUGGACAAUCCGCAGGGAUUACGCAUUCAUUUUCUCCGUGGCCCGAAUGUGCCACGUUUGAUCAAAUCUUUGGGUAGUGCCCGCGAGAAACCCGAACAGGAUGACUCUUUUGAGGUCUCCAAUCUGUUGGGCAUGGCUACCACGGCACCGUCCGCACUGAUGUUCCAGAGUGGUCCAACAAUCACCGAGAGUUCGCUCUACGGAACACCAGUCGGUUACGGUGAACCGGCCGUGGGCGCCGAUGAAGUGGACCGUGGUGUGGAAGUGGUCAUGCCGGAUAUGGAUCCAAGACAUCAUUUGAGCAAAACGGUGGAUCCACACAACCCUUAUGUCAGCAUUUUACAAUUGAAUAUUACAGAUCUAAAACCGGAAGAUAACUCCUAUUACGCGUGUGAAGUGCUGGCCGGACCUCAUUGGCGUGCGAUUACACCAACCGCACAUGAAGGGGCCGGUCGAUUGACCGUGUGGUUCGCCCCGGUCGAUGUGGGACCACGAUCUGUGACUCGGUCGGCUGGUGAGGAAUCAGGCACGGCCAGUGUGAGUACGGAAAUGGACGGGACCAAUAAAAGUGUUGUUUACGGUCUUUCUCAUGUUCCGUCGAAAUUGGCCUGCCAAGCGCACGGUCAACCUCCGCCGACUUGGGUUUGGCAUGGCCCCCAAACCGGACCGGACAUACCACUGGGUGCAGCUAACGGGCCAGAAGGAUAUACCCGGGUUGACUAUCAGGAUGGCGAAUGGUCCGUUAGUGAGCUGAGUGUUCCGGCCAGCUAUCGAAAUGUCGGCGUUUUCGGCACCUAUUCGUGCAUCGCUUCCAAUCGCCUCGGCUCGGCCACUGGUCUGAUUCGACUGAAAAUGGCCACACACCCGGAUAAGCCAACCCUGAGAGCUUGUAAUGUUGAAGCUCAGGUCAUUGAGCUGUGUGUAGAUCCACCCAAGGAUACUGGCGGAUUACCUCUCACUCAUUAUGAAUUGCUCAUUCAAACGCAUCCACAAGGUGGAUUUUAUGGACCAUUUGCUUACUUGCCGGGUAGACGAUUAGUUCGUUUACCCCAUCUGAUACCUGGCUACUAUUAUCGAUUUGCAUUGUCGGCGGUUUCGGAUGCUGGGAGAGGACCGAAUGCAUAUUUGGAAGUUACAACAAACAAACUAUCCACGCCAGCAAUCAAAAUGCUCACAGCGCAAGAGUACAUCGAACCGAACGCGUACAAUGUGCACUGGAAGACGUCCGGGGCAAGUGGACCGGAUAUUAAGCAGUACAAGAUCAGUGUGAGGCCGGUCGAAGUGGAUUAUUCAAUGGGUGAAGUCUCCGGUCGACCUGUCGGUGGUUGGACAGAGUACGCGGUUGUUAAUCCACGUUGCACGCAACCAGCCGGCGAUUCCGAUAACUAUCCCGUUUGUGAAUACCGGGUGGAGAAUUUGCAACCGGACAGAGCAUACGAAUUGGAAUUGUCUGCCCAAACUGCAGGCGGUUUUGCUCAAGCUCAGCGAAUUAUUUUCCGUACAUCAUCCGCCAACGGAGCUAGUGGGCGCAUGUUGAAUAUGCCGUCCUACUUACGACAGACUGCAGGUAACAAAGGCAAUAACAUCGCGGUUGUCCAUUCAUUCUUCUGUCUAUGUGUUUCGUUCAACGUACUCUACCAGCUCACAUCCUGA